AGGUUAUAAAGAUUACGUAUGGGCAGUGUCACUAUAUCGCUUCGGCUUGAAAGUGUUUGGCUUGUGGCCUAACACCAAUAAAAGUGCUAAAAAAAGCUUGUGGGCAGAACUUUAUGCAGGGAUUCUUUUAUUUUUAUUAAUAUUUGUGACUAAUAUUCCAAUGAUAUUUGCGGCUAUACGAGUUUGGGGUGAUAUUGUACUUGUAGUAAACAGUUUACAAACGGCAUUACCCUACCUGGCAACAUCAAUAAAAUAUUAUAUUUUUCAAGGAAAACGAACAGAUAUUUCGUCGGUUCUAAAUAUGAUGGCGGAAGAUUGGAUGGCAUUUAAGUCGGAUACAGAGAGACGUGUGAUGAUAAGACGAGCACGAACUGCUCGAUUAAUCAUGAUAAUGGGAUAUAUUUUAGCGAUGACAUCAUCUUUCUUAGUACUCGUACCACCUUAUUUCGAGACGGAAUCAGUGCAAAUAAUAAAUUUCAUGAAUCGAAGCAAAUCGUUACCGUUGGAGACGUAUACCUUCUACGAUACAGAUAAGAGUCCGCAGUUUGAAUUAACAUAUCUCCUUCAUGCUGUAGUAACUUUAAUAGCAAGUAUCAUUGAAACGUGUGUAGAUCUUUUUUUAGUUCUAAUAGUUCUUCACGUUAGUGGCCAGUUAGAGAUUUUUAGAUACCGAUUAAUUAGAUUAGUCUCAUGUGAGAAUUUCAACGAAGCUCUAAGUGAUAUCGUAAGAAAACAUUUACGAUUAAUCAGAUUUGUUGACACUAUUGAAACUAUGUACUCUUUAGUGAUGCUUCUAUUGUUAUUUUAUUUUGGUGUCACCUUUUGCCUAAACGGUUUUCUAUGUACUAUUAUACUUACUGACAUAGAAACAAAUGGAGAUGGAGCUGUCACACAAGUAUUAUACUCAUCGGUGAAUGUGGGUAUCAUAUUGAUGAAUACUUUUCUCUUUUGUGUUGUGGGAGAGAUUAUAACGGAGCAGAGCGAUGCUGUGUUUGGUGCUAUGUAUAAUCUGGAAUGGUACAAUUUGGAACCUAAAAAAUCGAGAAAUCUUAUUUUAUUAAUGAUACGAACCAGUCGUACUCUUCACAUUACCGCAGGAAAAGUUAUUCCCCUAACGCUGGCUACGUUUUGCAGUGUGUUAAAAACAUCAUGUGGUUAUAUAUCGGUUUUACUGGCAAAACAUGGUUGAAUGAUGGUAUCUUAUUAUAUUCACGAAAAUAUGGAUGUAUUUGCAAAUAAAUAGUUAUGAUAUAGGUGUAUU